CUGUCCUGCUCAGAGUAUAUACACCAAACCACCGCGCGGGACUCCUCAGAGUAGCGCCCGGCAAGAUAGCUACAGCACUUGGUGUUUUCUUUUUUACUAUAACACUGUUAAGAGAGCACUUAUAUUAUAGAGAACAGCGCUUUCCCGUUACAGCAGUCUCACCGACAUCUGCUCUGCAAAGAAGGUCAAUAUCGUAUCAGAAUAGAGAGUUUCACACCGAACUCAACUUCCAAACUUUGGCGAUUCAGACAGGACUGCGAGGGAUCCGAUGAUCUUUCACUGACAGCUGACAGACCCGAAGACGAGGACUAGAAGUCGUUUUUGAAGAGACUUUUGAUAUUUGUGGGCUUGUCUUCUAUGUCUACCAGGAUGGAAACUACUUUUUAUGACGACCCGCUCAACGCCUUCUCUCAACAUGACAACGCGGGUUACGGAUCAUACAACAAUCCCAAGCCCUUGAAACACAACAUGACACUGAACCUCGCCGAUCCAUCGGGGACCCUGAAGCCUCACCUCAGGGCGAAAGCCAGCGACAUUCUGACUUCUCCCGACGUGGGACUUCUGAAACUCGGCUCCCCGGAGCUGGAGCGGCUCAUCAUACAGUCCAGCAACGGCCUCAUCACGACCACGCCGACUCCAACGCAGUUCAUCUGCCCCAAGAACGUCACAGACGAGCAGGAGGGAUUCGCGGAGGGGUUCGUCCGGGCACUGGCAGAACUGCAUCACCAGCACAUGCCCAACGGAACUCCUGUGAGUGUCCCAUCGGCCCCGCCAGCCGCCGGGGUAAACAACGCUGUGCCACCACCACCUGCUGUUUCAUCCGCGGCCGGUGCCACCGCCGUAUACAAUAACAAUAGCACCAUGCGUUCUGAGUCGCCCGUCUACGAGGACUUAAACACGUUCAACCCGGCCAUCAGCACGGUCUCGGCCCCCAAUUACACAACGUCCCCCCCGACCAUAUCUUUCUCCGCCGCCCCGCAACUUCCCAUGUACGGGCAGCAGCAUCAUUCGGCUCCGCUGUCGCGAAUCACGGCGCUCAAAGAGGAGCCCCAGACGGUCCCGGAGAUGCCCGGGGAGACGCCUCCUCUCUCCCCGAUCAACAUGGAGAGCCAGGAGCGCAUCAAGGCGGAGAGGAAGAGGAUGAGGAACCGCAUCGCCGCUUCCAAGUGCAGGAAGAGGAAACUGGAGAGAAUAUCGAGGCUCGAGGACAAAGUGAAGAACCUCAAGUGUCAGAACUCGGAGCUCUCGUCCACCGCCAACAUGCUGCGCGAGCAGGUGGCCCAACUGAAGCAGAAGGUGAUGAACCACGUGAACAGCGGGUGCCAACUGAUGCUUACACAGCAACUUCAGACCUUUUGAGAAGCACAUCGGGGUGAAUAGCAAAGACUGUAGAAGUUGAACGAAAUGGAACCAUCGUUUGAUAGUGAAAUGGGCUGUAUCUGGUAGAAUUAUGGCAGAGACUGGCGGGACCGGGGCCAGUACUUGAGUGCCACGCAGCCCCAAGUGGCGCAAACCGACGGGGCUGUGGACAGUGACAGUGGAGCCCGUGAGUGGAUAACACCACGCAGGACAUCAGGUUUGUCUAUUAAACAAAGCAGAAGAGCAGGGCACAGACACAUUGUCGAACUUCAACAAACUCUGCAUGGGCCUGGUCGUGACCAUCAAAGAAAUUCAGUAUUAAAGGACGAGAAGAUCCUGCAAUAGACAGUGUUUAUUGGUUGGUUUCUUGUUGUGGUGUUUGUUGCUGCUGCUGUAGCCUCGAGACGCCCCCUUCAGGCGUGUUGCCUCCUCUGAAAGGCUGAGAGGCGGACUCAAAGCUGCCUGACUUCUUAAUACAGUUAAUACAGUACAAUGUACUUUUCUUAAUUGCAAGAAACUGUUUAUUUACAUUGGAAAAGCUUCAAGAUUGACUUGUUCAUUUCUAAAGUUGUUUAAUGGGGUUUCACUCAUUGUGAUAUGUAUAUAGUAGGCUACUUAUGUUGUGUAAUAUGUUUUGUAAUAAUACUGUAUAAUUUUUUUAUGUUGGUUUUCUGAGAUUUCAGAAACGAAUCAAUAUUUAAGGUAUGAAAUAAACCCAUACAAACAGAUAACUGUGUGUGCGUGUGUAGGGAAUCGCUACAGUUGUGCUCAGAGCUAGCACAAUAAAACAUGUUGCAACAUGUUGCAAGAGCUCUUAGCUCUCAGUACCUGGAGGUAAAUUCCAUUAGAGUCUGUAGUCUGUAUUGAUCCGAGCUAAGUGAUAGUGUUUAUUCAGGCCAACGGACCAAUCUAGGCCAAUGUGUGAACUGCAGAACUUCACUUGGCCACAUAUUGCAUAUUGUACUCAAUUCAAUUUAAAAACCUGAUACCUCAGCCCUGCCUCCGUCCAUACCUCUGCUAUCGAGGGUCAAAUCGGAGACCAUAAGAUUUAAGUUAGGAUUUUCCCAUUUAUCUUCCACUAUCAAAUUAGCGAAACAUGCAUUGCGUUUGAAAAAUGUAAGAACCAGGUUAGCCUACACUCUCACAAAUCAAAUCGCACCAUUAACUUGGCAUUCUACUGUCCUACACUAAACGUAUGCAAUAUAUUCAGUAUAAGCCUAGGCUUAUACUGAAUAUAAGCCUAGCCGUUGUCCAGCAGGCUACACUCAUAGAUACAUAUUUCACCUAUUUUGGGUAUAUAUUUUUGAAAGCAAUGGUGCCUUCUAAAAGUAGGCCAACAAAUCAUCAGAGCGAUAGGGUGUAAUUUACAUAAUUAAUCAAGUGAGACUUGAUAAGGUGAGGAUUAAAUGAGAGACCCGUAUCCUCGUAGCCCUCAAAUAAAACUGACAGCGCCAACAGGGUGAUAUUUACUCUAACCACUAGGCGGCGGUACUUCUUAAAAAAGAAGUGACGCUCGCUGUAAUCAAGCCAAAUCAAAAAUGAUGCCGUCAUU